AUGUAUACAAGUCAUGAAGAUAUCGGGUAUGUCCUUGACGAUGACCCCAAGGCUAAGAAGCCCCUGAAGCCCCACCCAGACAUUGACGGCGGGUGGGCCUGGGUCAUGGUCCUUUCGUCCUUCUUUGUGCACAUGCUCAUCAUGGGCUCACAGAUGGCCUUGGGAGUCCUCAAUGUGGAGUGGCUUGAAGAGUUCCAGCAGAGCCGUGGCCUCACCGCCUGGGUCAGCUCCCUGAGCAUGGGCAUCACCUUGAUUGUGGGACCUUUCAUCGGCUUGUUCAUUAACACCUGCGGGUGCCGCCAGACAGCAAUCAUUGGAGGGCUGGUGAACUCCCUCGGCUGGGUGUUGAGCGCCUAUGCACCCAACGUGCAGACCCUCUUUAUUACGUUUGGAGUGGCAGCUGGCCUCGGCAGUGGGAUGGCCUACCUGCCUGCGGUGGUCAUGGUGGGAAGGUACUUUCAGAAGAGGCGAGCCCUGGCCCAGGGCCUCAGUACCACGGGGACAGGAUUUGGGACAUUCCUGAUGACCCUUUUGCUGAAGUACCUGUGUGCAGAGUAUGGCUGGCGGAAAGCCAUGUUCAUCCAAGGUGCCGUGUCCUUGAACCUGUGUGUUUGUGGGGCACUCAUGAGGCCCCUCUCUCCUGGGAAAGUAGAAAACUGCCCAAGAGAGGAGAAGCCCUGCGCCCUCCCAGCUUACUCCACUGAAUCUGUGAAGUCAGGACCACUGGGCCUGACUGAAGAACAGGACAGGCAGCCUGGGAACGAGGAGACUGUCUGUGACCUCCAAGCACAGGAGUGUCAAGGCCAAACCCAUCCCAGGAAGAACAUGUGUGCUUUCCGAGUCCUGAAGACUGUGAGCCAGCUCACUGUUCGAGUACGGAAGGGCUUUGGGGACUGGUACUCGGGCUAUUUUGGAACAGCCUCGCUCUUCACCAACCGCAUGUUCGUAGCCUUUAUUUUCUGGGCUCUGUUUGCAUACAGCAGCUUCGUCAUCCCUUUCAUCCACCUGCCAGAAAUUGUUAGUUUGUAUGGCCUGUCAGAGCAAAACGACAUGUUCCCUCUGACCUCAAUUAUAGCAAUACUUCACAUCUUUGGGAAGGUGAUCCUGGGGGCGGUGGCUGACCUCCCCUGCAUCAGUGUCUGGAACGUCUUCCUCAUCGCUAACUUCACCCUCGUCUUCAGCAUCUUCCUUCUGCCACUGAUGCACACCUAUGCGAGCCUGGCUGUCAUUUGUGCCCUGAUUGGAUUUUCCAGCGGGUAUUUCUCUCUCAUGCCCGUGGUGACGGAGGACCUGGUUGGCACUGAGCACUUAGCCAAUGCCUAUGGCAUCAUCAUCUGUGCCAAUGGCAUCUCAGCUUUACUGGGACCACCAUUUGCAGGGUGGAUCUUCGACAUCACACAAAAAUAUGAUUUUUCUUUUUAUAUAUGCGGUCUGCUUUACAUGGUAGGAAUACUCUUUUUGCUCAUUCAACCCUGUAUUCAGAUGGUAGAACAAUCCAGAAGAAAGUACACAGAUGGUGCACACGUUUAG